AUGGCGAUGGUGAAGCUGAUGCUCAUCUCCUGUUCCAAUGUAAUCCGUAUCCACACCGCCAGUUACGGGCGAACAGAUAAAACCACCUGCUCUGCUGGACGCCCUGCGAAUCAACUCAGCAGGACCGACUGCUCUGCAUCUACAACGCUCCCUAUAACCAGUGGCAGUAAAACAUCCUUGUUGUCGAUACAUCAACUGCAAUCUUUUACCUGCUUGUCAAAAUAUAACAUCUGUCCUUCCAACCCAGGUUCAAACGUAAUCCACAUCCACAAAGCUAAUUACGGCCGGACAGAUAAAACUACCUGCUCUUCUGGACGACCUGCAAAUCAGCUCAGCAAUACCAACUGCUACGCUCCCACAACACUCCCCAUAAUAAGGGAUCGCUUGUUUGACGACACAAGAGAGAUUCCCCCGAGUUACUUUGGGCCUAAGUUAGAAGACAUUUUCACUGUCGACAAGAGUUCAAACGUAAUCCACAUCCACAAAGCUAAUUACGGCCGGACAGAUAAAACUACCUGUUCUUCUGGACGACCUGCAAAUCAGCUCAGCAAUACCAACUGCUACGCUCCCACAACACUCCCCAUAAUAAGGGAUCGAUGUGAAGGAAAAACAACAUGCGCGGUGCAGGCCUCACACCUUAUCUUCUCUGAUCCGUGUGGUGGCAUCUACAAGUACCUCGACAUCUCCUACAGCUGUGUUCCUCCAAUUAGCCACACCAGUGCCAGUAAAACAUCCUUGUUGUCGAUACAUCAACUGCAAUCUUUUGCCUACUUGUCAAAAUAUAACGUCUGUCCUUCCAACCCAGGUUCAAACGUAAUUCACAUCCACAAAGCUAAUUACGGCCGGACAGAUAAAACGACCUGCUCUUCUGGACGACCUGCAAAUCAGCUCAGCAAUACCAACUGCUACGCUCCCACAACACUCCCCAUAAUAAGGAAUCGGUCAGUACAUGACCUUAAAAAGACACAAGUUCUGCUGUGUAAAGGGGUUUCUGUGUAUAAAUCUUCUUAUAGUCGACAUAUGUACUGCUAUCUUUUCCUUCUGUUACAAAUUAUGAUGUCUUCCUCUUCAGGUUCCAAUGUAAUCCGUAUCCACACUGCCAGUUACGGGCGAACAGAUAAAACUACCUGCUCUUCUGGACGCCCUGCGAAUCAACUCAGCAGGACCGACUGCUCUGCAUCUACAACGCUCCCUAUA